AUGGAUCAAGAAGCUUGCCUUGCAAUUGAAGACGAUGAAAGUUGCUCAUCUUAUUCGAUGGAAAACGUGGCAAUGUCGGCUGGAGAAUAUUUGAAACAAGUUAGAGAAACUCGAAAAUAUUGUGAAGAUGUUGUGAGAAUUGAUGGAAGAAAUUUGAAAAUAAAACAAAAUGGAAAAAAGUGGGAAGGAACAAAGGGAUUGAAUUUGAAAGAGGAAAAUGUCGAGUGUCAGGUUGGGAAUUUUAAAACAUUUGAAAUUAUUAGAAAUUAAAAAAAAAAUAUCUUUCAAAUUUGAUUUUCAUUGUCCCAGCUAAAUUUAAAAAUUUAGAGUUUCUACCUUUGAAACAAUAAUUCAAUGUUGUGAACUCUUCAAUUCUUUUUUCCCAAUAAAGUUUUCCAAAUAAAAAUAUAACAAUGUUCUAUGUGAACUCCAUUUAUCCUUUAACAAACCCAAAUUUUUCAGACUUCCCUGGUUCCCUCAAAAGAAUGGCAAGAAGCGAAAAGCCACGAUUUCGCUUCAAAACGCGAUCAACUUGAAGAAUUUCGAAAAACCGGAAAAAUUCGAGCGAUUCAGCUGAAGUUACCAAGAAUGUCGGAAGAAGAAGAAUGGCAUCAAUUUUUAUUGGAAAAAUGCGCCCCAAAAGCGGAAAGUUUGAAAUCGAAAUUCGAAAAUCAUGUUGGAACACCGCCUGCGUUGUCUGUGGUUUUUGGAUUUGCUCCGAGAACUGUGAGUUUGGGGGAAGGGGGGGGGCGAAAUGGCAGGGAGUUGGUUUACUGGAAAUUGGGAAAAGCCAAAUUUGAGAAAAUAAAUUAUCCUAAACAUUUCUAAGCAAACAAAGAAAAAUUUAGCUCUUUUAUUUGUUCCGUCUGAAAAAUUAUUUAUCCCUGAAAAGUUAUCUAUUUCUAAAAAAUUCAAUUUUCGGAGUGACUUCUACUUUUUCAAAUUUCAUGAGGAUCAUUUCUUUCUGUUACAAAUGAGAGAGGAGGUUUGAAUUCUGGAAUGAAAUUCAGCUUCAUCUGAAACAUGAAAUUGAAGAUGUUUUGUUUCACCUAAUUUCUCUUUCAAAUUCAGGUCAACGAACUCAUCACAUAUUUGGUUGAAUGGUCCGAAUCUGAAGGACUUACUCGACCAAUUCGAGAAUGGAUCUUUGCUUUGAUUCUAGUUGUACAAUUACCUCUACUUCCUGAUGUUAUUUCAUCGCUUCGAGAUCUUGUCAAAAUUUGCAAGUUAGUUUUUUUUAGUUUUUGAGAAAAUUGAAGGCUCUGGCAAAGUUCUAAAUCUAUUGAUUUAAAAAAAUGGCAUGGAAAUUAAAUCAAGAAACGUAUGACGUGGAAAUCAAGGAAAUUCGAAUUUUGAUUCAAAAAAGUUGAGAGAAAUUGUAUAAAAAAUUCUGUACCUUCAAAAAAAAACAGUAUGUACUCAAAAUUUGAAAAUAUUGUCCAUGAAACAAGUUACAGUAUUCAAAACAGCAGGCAUAUGUAAUAGUUCUCCUGUCUACGUCAGAAAUAUCGAAGUCCUAGGCAUUUGUGAUAUUUUUUCCAAAUCAAUAGUCCGACUUGAUAAGAGUUUUAUUUUCUAGAAAAGUUCGAUCUACACUGUCAGCUGAUCGAAUAGACGAAUCCAACGAGUUUUCAAUGUUUAUCGCGGUUGUUAGUUUGUUUUUCAAUCAGAAAGAUUUGACUGAUUGA